GCAGCCCGGAAAUUACAAUAACUAGGCUGAAAACUGAACCAAAUCCCGUGAUCGGAUGUCAUCAGAACUAACAAUGACCUUUAGAUUGGGCUGUCUCGGAAAAUUUGUCAUGGCCACCGCUUCAAGAAGGAACAUUUUCAUCCGCUUGCUCGGUCUUCUGGUCAUUGCAUCGUUAUUUACUUCGUAUCUAAUGUUCGUACGGGUCAACGCUGAUGUUCAAGGGGUUCGUGUUACUCGGAAACAAACGCAAAAAGAUGUAAAAAUGGCGACGACGAGUUCAGUCAGGAAAAUAUCCGAGCGACGCGAAGCUCUUGUGGAAUCACAGCGACGGAUUCGAUCUUCUGGCUCAACGUUUGUACGAGGAGAUUCACAUAUUAAGGACAACAGGAAACACCCAAAUGCACUAAAAGCAGAGGGAGACAGUCUUGCACCCGUGAAGAAAUCAAGUUUGUCAGUUAUUAGGCGUUUAUUCAGAGAUAAACGAGCACACAGAACCUUUCAUCGAAUAGGAAAUAGCAGCACGACCAACACACCUACCGACGCGCGAAAAUACAUUAAGAAUUUAAGGUUAGUCAUCGGUGAAGCGUUUAGAGAUAAAAACGCCGCCAUGCAACGUAAUAUAACUAAGAGCGUGACUGCUGCGUCAGGCGCAGGGACAGUUCUGAAUAAUUUGUCCUCUUCAAUGCUCGGUUCAUUCCGAGGCGAUGCGCGCAGAGCUGAUCAAAAGCCACUGGAAUCUAAACGGGUAACUGUCUUGACGAAGAAACCUGGUUCAACUCGGAAUGGUAACUCAUCGUCAGUUCCUGAAUAUGGUCUUAGGCACAACACCAGCGCAAAACAAACGACGGUACAAAUUGGUAAACAAUUGGAAGAUGGAGGCAGAUCUACCCUAGCAGACAUCAGCAAACCAACUUCGACCCCGCACGAGAAUUCUUCUGUUAUUGGCGAUUCGUUAAGAGUCAACAAUGGCGGGCAAAAAUCUCUUAAUAAACGGAUUGAAGAUGGACGCGCAGAUAUAAGCAAAACUGCAAUGGCAAACGUGACGAAACCCGAGCCAGCCCCACGUAAUAACUCUCAAGUUGUUGGAGACGCAUUCAGACACGUCAUCGACGCGCGGACAAAUGUCAGAAAACGCGCACCUUCAGGAAUGACUGCAGUAGGAGCGGAGAAGAAAACAAACGUAUCUCUACCUGUUAGCACGUUGGGUUUUGGCCGAGUAGUAGCUGGUAUACGCAGAGAACCCGUGAAACAGAAAUUGGGGCAAGUCGAUGACAUUGCUACACCUGGGGACGUGACAUCCUCUAGAACAAACCUUAUCAUUGUGGCGCAGCCACGGACCGGUUCAUCGUUUCUAGGGGAUGCUUUCAACCAACAUCCAGACGUCUUCUAUUUAUUUGAGCCUCUUCAUGGAAUUGUUAAUAGCCCGUUGCAGCAUCUCAAGGACCCCAAACCGAUGCAAUUCCUUGCAGGGAUGUUACGUUGCGAGUUCUCCCAGUUGACCUAUGUUAAACAAAUCGAACGCUUCCGACGGUUCUCCAGCAUUGCCUUGUCCUCUCCACCACUGUGCGCUAAAAAGACGUUUUUUGGCACACCACGAAAGAAAUGCGACCUCUUGAGCACGAGGAAUAUGGAAGCCGUCUGCAAGUCGAAUUAUAAUGUAACAGUCAUGAAAAUUCUCACACCUAGAAUACCGAAUGGGACGGUCAACUCGCUUUUUCCUCUUUGUAACUCAACUAAUUGUACGAUUAUUUAUUUAGUUCGUGAUCCCCGACCGGUAGUUUUCUCGCACAUGAAAGUUGGUAUGCAAACUUGGCAGAAUUUUAAAAUCCUCGGUGCAAACGACACUGCUCCUCGCCCUUCAAUAAAAAUGUACAGCGCCAGGGUUUGCGAACAAAUUGAAGCGAAUGUUAAGAUAUUCAAAAAUCUUACUGGCUGGAUGAAAAGUCGGUAUCAUAUGCUCCGCUACGAAGAUCUAGCUGGAAACCCAACGGAAACGUUACGAAGGGUGUACAAAAUGGCUGGACUUACAAUGGUGAACAGCACCCUCGAAUGGAUUAAACUUCACACAACAGGGAGAGGGGACAGCUCUAAAAACAAUUACUCGACGAAGAGGAAUUCUGAAGCUAUUGUCGAUAACUGGCGGCUUGAAAUUGAUCCUUGUGUUGUUAAUAUCAUCGAACACACUUGUCGCUCUGUUUUGCAACUGCUUGGUUAUAAACCUCUAAAUGGGUCUGAACAAAUGCAAUAUAACCUAAACGUGUCACUUACCGACGGACAAUAACCGAGAUAUUAGCCAUUUUUUAAGCUAUUUCUAAUGACAUUGAUUUGUCUAAUACUUUGCACAUUUCAAAUAUCCUUGUAAUGUUUUCGAAUAUUCAGGUCAGGCCUGUCUGGUACAUGGGCUAUUACAAAUCGGGUACAUUGAUACGACACAAUCUGAAGUGAGUUUUUAUUAGUCGUGGUUACGAAUUUUCCGUCAGAAAAUUUGCAUUAAGCCCUGAAGGCGACCAAUCUGUAGGUGGCUUGGGGCUUAAGAUACCAUUUCAAACGGAGUAGGCUCGAUUACCAGCCGCUGUUCGCGAAAGGAGUCCGCGCUAGUAGACCGGACUCGAGAGAGCGGCGGAAAUCGAGCCUAAAAACGGGAACGAGAGCGUUUUUUAAUUGUUAUCUCUUCGAGUGCACCCUACAAGAUACUUUGACACCGACAAAUAGUGGCGUUCCUCCUGAACACCCUAAGUGAGGCUGUUAUCCUUGAUUUACACCCCUAAGCGAGACGACGACCAUCCCCGACCUUUUCAUGUAGGAAACUAUCGCACUCAAAAGUAAAAGGAGUUUUUAAGGUAAAAUGAUGAAUAAAUACUAUUUAUUAUUUUACUUUAAUUACAAUAACACAGGUGAAUAAACAGUCACUGGAAGUUCA